UUUCCCCAACAAUGUCCAAUACGAUAAACCUCAGUCUCAAAAACCCCUAGGUAUGUUACCCAUCUGUCGCACGAUUCACGUGAACAAUCAACAAUUCUUCGCCCAAAAAACAAACUACUCCCCCUCACUCACCACUACCAACAACAACAGUGUAUUUAGCCCCUCCCGCCAUAUUUUCUCGUCUCCCGUCCGUGUGGUAUCAGUUGUUCAUACGAGAAGUGUCUUGUGUUGAGUUUGACAAAUACCCACUGACAGAGCUAAUCAAAUUCAUCGGAAUAUCAAUACCCAAGCAGAUAGAAAAUCACAAGAAAAAUAGUUUAACCUGUGAGAGUUAUUGAGAGUGUUAAUUAUCAUUUUGUUGAGCAUCGGCUUGGAUAAAUAAACUGGAAUAGGUUAUGAACAGUUGAGCGAGUGCCCCGCCACCUGACGUCGACGCUCGGUCCAUGGAAUCUUUACCGUGUGGAGAAGGAAUGACAGGGAUAUUGGAGAAGAAGCCACGACUGCUGAGUGAUGAAGACAUGCAGAUUACCGUGAAAAAUUUGGUUACACCGAGGGCAAUUGUUGGAAAGGAAUUCGUGGAUGAUGUAGUUCUGCGGGAGGCAUUCAUCGGUGUUUUGAGGCACAAGAAGGACAUUGCAGUUGCCUUGAAAGUAAUAACGAGUAUAUUGCCAGGCUGUGGUCACCUGAAACGCUGCUCGGGGAAUCGAUUGUUCCUGGCGUUGGUGAAGAGCCCGGAGAAUCCGGGAAAAGCGUCGGAUUCAUCGUUCGCCUCGGCUGAUGAGCUGAAGACAUUUCUCAUCGCUAAAAACGUCAAUUUAAAUAUCUUCAGGGACGAUUUCGAGAUCGUCAAAGUUCCCGAGAGGUCACCACGCACAAGAGUCCAAUUUACUAAGGCAUCACAAGCCUGGCCUGUGAAUUUCCAUCCUGACUCGUCGAUCGAGGUCAUUAUCAAUGGAAAUUUUUUCGACUCCAAACAACUCGAAGUUAUAGAAUCUUGUAUGAGAGUGUGCAUUGCAGCUGCGAAGAGGACCGCCAUUGGAAAUGAACAUUGCAAUGGUUCAGCGGUGAUUUUGGACCCUGACGACGAGGGGAUCAGUAGGAUAUUGGCGGUGAGCACUGCUCGAGUCAAUGAACAUCCGAUGUGGCAUGCUGCGAUGCUGGUUGUGGACCUGGUGGCGAGGAUCAGAGGUGGUGGAGCUUGGAACCUCUCGAGUGAAGUCAUUCCUGAAGAGGGAGGAGCCGACAGGAAAAGAGAGUGCCCAUCGAACCUCCCUCUGGUCUAUCCUGAAUCAUUGAAAUCAAUGACGUUCCCUCAAUUCAGUCAUUCGGUCGCUCCAGAAUCAAAAGACAAGUCGCCGGAGGAUGAGAAGAAGUGCCCUUACUUAUGCACGAAUUAUUGGAUUUUCCUACUGAAGGAACCCUGUCCUCUGUGCGCAAUGGCUCUCCUUCACUCGAGAGUUUCAAUGAUAUUUUACGGUGACUCGAACAAUUCCUGUGGGGUACUUGGUUCUAAUGCGCUAAUGCAUACCCUCCCGGGUCUAAAUCAUCGGUACAAAGUAUGGUCCAGUGUACUUGAGGCUGAAUGCAAAAGCGCAGCCGAGUGCCUCAGUGUGAUUGAGCAUUAGCAUUAUUUAACCGGAAUAUCUAGGAAUAAAUGGGAUCAAUGAAUGAAAAUCGUACCGAUUAUCUCAUGAGUGAGUCUAUUCAAUGUCAACGAAAAUUACAUUUGAUCCAUUUGAAUGUCGACUCACGUCACUCAGCAAUUACCAGCAUCACACAAAUACCGUGAUUAACAAAAUGGGUUGGAUAGAUUGAAACUGAAGUACAAAAGGAACGCCAACUCCCUCGGCUAGCACUCAUUUCCACGAUUUCCAUUGCCAAAAGAUUGAGGAGUAGCUCUACCCAUGUUACCCAUUAUGUUGGUAAUUUGUACAAAAUACCGUGUAGAUGACAAUGAUCAGGGGUGACAUUGACGCUUUGCACUUGGUGUUUAGAGGAUAAAUGUGCUCAUGUUAUCCGCGCGUGGCAGAGAUCUUUGAAUUUGUUAUUGGCAUUCAAGCGAUGAGCGUACGUAAUCGACCCCAAGUGAUUGACAUCAAUUGUCACAGACAGUGAAUCCUACACAUGGGAAUUUGUUACUGUAAUAUACGCGAUAUAAUAUUUAAGCCAUUAAAUUUGUUGACAUUCAUGUAACUAAGCGUCAAUUA